AUGCCACCAAUUCGCGAUGGAAAUAAAAAGAAUUUAGCUGAGCAAGAAGGACGAAUCUUAUUAGCUAUUUCCGAUUUAAAAAAUGGAAAACUAUCAAGUGUGUAUCGAGCUGCAACAAUCUAUAAUGUUCCUCGGACGACUCUACGCAACAGAUUAAAUAAUAUUCAACAGAGAUCCCAAACACGCGCCAACGGACACAAACUGUCAGAAUCUGAAGAGGAAUCACUUGUCAAAUGGAUACUCGAUCUAGACAAACGUGGAUUACCUCCUCGACACUCUCUUGUACGAGAAAUGGCUGAUUAUCUUCUUUCACAACGUGGAAAUCAACGGGUCGGAGAGAAAUGGGUAAUUCAAGAAUAUUUUGAUCGCGUACGAGAGGUUAUAUCAGAGUAUGGGAUCUUGCCAGAAGAUAUCUACAAUUUUGAUGAGACUGGCUUUGCUAUGGGACUCUGUGCAGCUGCAAAGGUUAUUACAGGCAGCGAUCGAUAUGGAAGGCCUAAUCUAUUACAACCUGGCAAUGGCGAAUUGGUUACAGCAAUUGAAGCAGUUAAUUCCGCUGGAUGGGCUUUACCCUCGUACGUUAUUUUCACAGCAACAACCUAUUAUCAACAAAGCUGGUUUGAGACUCUCCCACAAGGUUGGAGAUUUGAUAUCAGUCAAAAUGGCUGGACAACAGAUGAGAUUGGAAUACGAUGGCUUCAAAAACAUUUUAUCCCUCAUACAACAAGCCGUACGAAGGGGAGAUAUCGGAUGCUUAUUCUUGAUGGCCAUGGAAACCAUUUGACACCUCAAUUUGAUCAAAUAUGCACUGAAAAUAAUAUCAUACCAGUGUGUAUGCCACCUCACUCCUCGCAUCUCUUGCAGCCUCUUAAUGUGGGUUGUUUUGCCGUUCUAAAGCGGCAAUAUGGACGGCUUGUUGACCAACGCGUACGGCUUGGAUUCGAUCAUAUUGAUAAAUAUGACUUUCUUACAGCUUUUCCAGAGGCUCGUACAAUGGCAUAUAAAGCUGAAAAUAUUCAGAAUGGCUUCAAAGCAACCGGAUUAGUGCCAUUUGAUCCAGAUCAUGUUUAUCAAAAGCUUACAGUUCAGCUUCGGACCCCAACACCCCCUCCUAGUCGAUCAAGCAAUUCACAAUCUUCUUGCUUACAAACACCUCAAAAUCCACGUCAAUUCAAGCGCCAAAUGACAAUAUUAAAGAAGCGUAUCAAUGAGCGUACGACAAGCCCAUUAGAAAUGAUUGAUCGAGCGAUAAACCGGCUGUAUAAAGCGUACGAAAUGAGCUUUAAUGAGCUUCUGAUUGUACAGAAAGAGGUGCAUGAUUUACGGGCUGCAAUUGAGAAGGAGAAGCGAGAACGUAAAAGAUCUAGAGCACAAAUAUCUCAUGAAGGAUCUCCUAUAGCGCAGGAAGCCCAGGAACUAAUCACUAGUCGAGAUGAGGCAUCUCAACCUAUUUCGGCUGUACCAGUCGAAUCCGAGCAUCAGGCCUCUCAACCACGCGUACGAGCGCCACCGAAGUGCAGUGGAUGUGGGAUUAUCGGGCAUAAAAUCAAUCGAUGCCCAAAUCGUACUACUAGUUAA